UAGAAUUUAAUUAAAUGAAAAUUAAAUUCAUUUAUUGAAUUAACAUAUAUACAUGUAUUGAGACUCGACAAAUCGAGUCGUCCUUUACUCUUAUUAUGCUAAUUUGAGCAUGUGACAGCCGAGUAGUAAAAGUCCGUGCAAUUUAACGGUCUCUUUUACCUUGAAAACUGAACGGAGAGGACGUUAAAAAAUUAAGAGAAAGAUUUUACAUACACUAUCAAGAAAUGCCUAGAAUUGGUCGACGAAGAAAUGGGAAUGGGCGCGUACGAGUGCCCGUUGUUGAAGCGCAACCACCAGAGAGACGACGCGGAAGGAGAAACCGUGCAGUUGCUGCACCAAGAAAUCAAGAUGUGGGGGCAAUUGUUGGUGAAGUACAGGUACAAGCACCUCUUCCUCUACAAAUCCAGGCUCCUCCUUUGCCAAUUGAAAGACAACCUGCCUUGCAAGGUCCUGUAGCACCAGCAAUGAACGUACAAGCGCCAUUUGCGCAAGUUGAAAUACCAGCUCCUGUGCCAAUGCCUAAUCAAAAUGGUGAGAUAAAUAAUGAUCCUAUGCUUAUACCUAAUCAAUCAGAAUGUGAUGUUUACGUAUCCCAAAAUUUGAAAGAAAAAAUUUGGAAUAGAGAAUUUAUAGAUUUGUCAUUACUUCUUUAUCAAAAUUUUAUUAGCCAAGUUGACAGACCUCAAAAUGUUAUAAGUUAUGAUAAUGCAGCUGGUUCACUUGUAAUUACAUCAAACAAAAACAGCAAAGUUAAAUCUAUUCAAAACAUUGAGUCAUGGACUGAUGCAUUUAUAAAUUAUAUGAAAAUAUUUAUUCAACGUUUUCCAAAUUUAGCUAGUGAAUUGACCACUUAUAUGUCAAUCAUUAGAGGUACACAAGUGUCUUUUGAGAAGAUUUAUUGUUAUGACCAGCAAUUUAGAUUAAGAAUGGCAAAUAAUCCUACAAGAUCUUGGUCUUCCAUUGAUGGCAUUUUAUGGUACACCGUCAUAGCUAAUGGGGAACCGGAGGGUAAUACAAUUCAACAGACAAGUGUAGCUUGUCUUAGUAAUGAAAUAUGGAUUAUUGGUUCUUCAAUAAUAUGCAGUGCUCGUGAUCACUCAGAGAACAGACCUUCAGGUAGUAAUUUAGGUCUUUUGAAAAAUAAUAAUUGUUUUUUGCGAUGGGCAGGCAAAUCUGGUAUGAAAUGGGACGAUGUUGUUGGCACAGUUAACAGCAUCAUUAAUUUAUGCAACAAAAUUCCACAUGCGUUGAUAUUGCAUUGUGGUGGGAAUGACAUAGGAAAUGUACCAUGUGGUGCUCUGCUAUAUCAUGUUAAAUUCACAAUAGCAAUUCUGUCUCGCAUGCUCCCAAAUUGUUCUCUUAUAUGGUCAAGCAUUCUUCCCAGGCGAUCAUGGCGUUACUCAAGUGAUGACCAUGCCAUGGAAGUUACAAGAAAGAGAAUAAAUAGGGGAGUGAGAUCUUAUAUACUCAAACAUGGAGGAUACGUUAUCAAAUAUCCAGAUUUUGACGAUCGUCAUCCAGCGCUAUAUUCUGACGAUGGAGUACAUUUAUCUUUUAUUGGAAAUGAUAUUUUCUUGAAUCAAAUUCAGUCAGCACUAGAAACAUUCAUAAAGUAUCCACAUUGUGUUGUAUUUCCCCACGAUCAUCUUUAAUUUAAAAUAAACAGUUCAUAAUCUAAUGGAUUAAAUACAUGUAUUUUAUGAAAUUUGGUUGUUACAUAAAUGUUGAAUUCGUAAUAUCUUUUAUCAUUUUGAUUGUUUAAAUCAGUUGUAAGUUGAUCGUAGAAUUGGAGAUAACUGAAUUGUCAUGGGUAAAUUUUGUGGCGGAUUAUCAUUCUGUACUAAAGUCCGAUUGAUAAUUUUGGCGAAAUUUACUUCAUUUUAUGCAGACUAUGGAUAGCCCAGCUGCUAUUUCUGAAAUAUUGCUGAAUGGACCGCCCUUCAGUACACCAGCUUUGGAUCGCCCAGCUGUGAUACAAUGAUUAGUUCAAUCGUCAUCAACAUUUUAUUGAUUGACAAAUAUUUUGGUUGUGUACUGUUGUUGUAACAGUUGUUGUUGUUUUAUGAAUGAAUUUUGAUUAAAUGUUGCCAUGACAAUUCAAUAUCCAAACAAAAUCAGUGUUUGUUAUUUGUUGUACUGAAAUACAAAUCAAGGCAUCAAUGGCGUCUGUUCGUCAAUUCUGUUAAUUGGUAAUUUACACCAAGUGGUAUGUUUGAUCCAAUGAUAUAUUCAAUAAUAGAAUUUAAUUAAAUGAAAAUUAAAUUCAUUUAUUGAAUUAACAUAUAUACAUGUAUUGAGACUCGACAAAUCGAGUCGUCCUUUACUCUUAUUAUGCUAAUUUGAGCAUGUGACAGCCGAGUAGUAAAAGUCCGUGCAAUUUAACGGUCUCUUUUACCUUGAAAACUGAACGGAGAGGACGUUAAAAAAUUAAGACCCUCCUCACCCACCCUUAAGAAUUGAACUUUGUUUGCUGCUGGUUCUAUUUAUUUUUCAGAUGCUCCAGUCUUCAAACACAAAUCCGUCAUGGUAACAUGCUGAAGCAGUCACACAACCGGAGCGAAAUUUACUUCAUUUUAUGCAGACUAUGGAUAGCCCAGCUGCUAUUUCUGAAAUAUUGCUGAAUGGACCGCCCUUCAGUACACCAGCUUUGGAUCGCCCAGCUGUGAUACAAUGAUUAGUUCAAUCGUCAUCAACAUUUUAUUGAUUGACAAAUAUUUUGGUUGUGUACUGUUGUUGUAACAGUUGUUGUUGUUUUAUGAAUGAAUUUUGAU